CGUGUAACUGUACAGCAAACCAAACUCUUGCCAAUACUACUUGUGAUCCGGUCAGCGGUCAGUGUAAGUGUGAUGUUAGUGAAGCAGGAGGUCGUUAUGGGGGCAGACAGUGCGAUACAUGCGCGAGGAGAACUGUGGGGAGCCCUCCCAAGUGUUAUCCGUGCACCGAAGACUGCUACUUGAACUGGGAAAACACGAUAUCCAGAGAAACUGACAGAGUCAACGAGCUUUACAGUAACGUUACUGAACUGCUUGAGUCGUUUGGGAGCAUGUCGGUGGAUAGCAUCAACAGCACACUUCAGAAGUUGAAAAAGAACGUGACCUAUGCGGAAGAGAUAUUCAGCAGCGGUGGAAAAGAGGAUCUGCAAAAGAAGCAGCAGCAAAUUAACAGGAUUCAAAACUCUAUAAGCUCUCUCCAGCGUCAGCUGAACGAAUCUAAGAGUUUGAUUGAAGACGCUCAGACCUACAUUUCAAAGGUGAUUAACUUUAACGGAAGUGUCCCAAUAAUUCCCGCCGAUCCAAUGAUGUACUCCUCAUCCCCUGAAGUCUGCCUCAGUGGGGGAGGUGCGAUUGUGAUCGUGGACUGGAAGUGUAUUGAAGCCAUGGCAACGAUCUACCGCCUGCGUGCGAUGGAAGCUAAUGAAUCAGGACAUGCAAACUACUCGAGUAUUCAAAGUAGUUACAGUAUGAUUCAGCAGGCGAACUCCACAGCUUACCAUGCAGCUAUGCAGAUCAGAGAUUCUCUAGAAAAACUAAACCUCGUUACAUUUGUCAGAAAAAAAGUAGAAUCGGACCUUGGUGAUACCUUUCAGACCUUAUACCGUAAUAACUCCAUGCGACUUGAAGAAAUCAGCAAAAUCAACGAGAUUUUUCAGGCACUGGUGAAAGAAGCGGAAAUUAUUGGAGAACAAGCAAACGGCAAUUUGACCAUGGCUGUGGAAAACGCAAAUCGAUCAAAGGAUCUAGCCGGUCAGCGGAAGAGAAAAGCUCAGAGCGCGCUGGACAAUGCCACCAAUGCACACUCAGAUACUUUGCAGGCCAGUGGUGAUGCAAACAACGCGUUAAAGACAGCCAUGGGGUUUAAAGAAAACGCUACAAUGGUACUCCAACAAACACAAGAUGCUAUCAAUAACGUAUCUGCAGGAAUCAACACCAUAGCCAGGGUUAAUAACAUGACAAAGGAAGCGACGAAAAUUGCAAAUGAAGUCCGUGCCAUGAACAUGCCUGUGAGUCUGCAACAGAUCCAAAACCUUACUGAUGAGAUUCUGAACACAAAUGUUAGCCAAGCAAUGGUGAACCAGACUCUAAAAGCUGCACAAAAUGGCCUGGAACAGGCACGAGAAGUGGAAGCCCUCUCGCAGAGAGCCAUUAAUGUUGCACAGGAGACUCUAAAUCAAGUGCAAGGGAUUGAAAAAGCUAUGAACUCAUCAGAGCACAUUCGACAGCAGGUCAUGUCUCUGCAGCAAGAAACUGAUGGAAUGGUUGCUGACAUCAAUAAUAUCACACAAACGGUUGAACAUCGUUUCUCGGCGUCGUACUCCUCAGGAGAGAGUUUACUAACGAAGAUAAACAAAACCCUGGACGAUAUAGAAAAAGGAUUGAACUGCUUUGAUACUGCGAAGACCGACGCACAGAAUGCAUCGCACACAGCUGAAAUGGCCUUUAAUAUCUCUAAGCAAGCGAAAGAGACCUUCGACAACAGCACGGCAUCUUUGCCACCAGUCGCGUCCUUGGUGAACUCGUCCUAUGAAGCGGCAAGCGGAAACUUCUCAGAAGUACAAGAAGCUCAUCAAGAUUCAGAACAACUACUUAAGGACGUGACAGAUGCUGAAGAAUUGCUGACCCAAUACAUCGCACAGAGAGACGAACAUGAAAGACUGGGUCGAGAACUCCAAGAACUUGAUAGGGAGGCAGAUGAAUUACUAGGACAAUUUAGUGUGGCUGCUGAGAAGUAUUCACAGUGUGCGGGCGCAUAACGAACUCUGGUCUGGACAACAGACGUCAGUCUUACUUUAUGUAUAUAUUUGUAUCACGAUCAUAUUUUGUUUUACUUACAAAGACAGUCGACAGGUUUUUUUUCAAGCGAGCGAGUAUAAUAUUUCUUUCUUGCUGUAUGGUUAGGUCGUGCCAUUUUUAGCGGUUUUGCUGCAUUUUAAAUGAUUUUCAGUGUAAGUAAAUCCAGCGAUAAAAUUGAAAGCUGCUUUAAAAUCUGCCGCGAAAGAUUCUGAAAUUGCAAAGGAGUUACGUCACGAAGCGUUAUUUAAGGGACGAGAGGGGUCAUCAUAAAUGUUUGUUAAGGAAUAGAAACCGGUAGAUUGUAGUUCAUGGAUGCAAACUAUUUUAUGUAUUUGGAUGGAUAGGUGCCCUGAUAAAAGUUGAAUUUUAUCGUACGAUAAGUCAAUUGAAGGCAUAACGAUAAUUGAUACAAGUUUUAAGCUCAAAAAAAUGCUGGAAACAUGGAUAAUUGGACAUAGACAAUUAAAGUUUUAAUUUUUAAUUUUAGCAAGUCUUCCAGGACCUCAGCAUAUGUCAGCUAAUGAAUAGUAGUGAUUUAAAUUCUAAGUAUUACUAAAUUGAUAUUUUGGUUUUAAAUUUGCUGAUCGGCCAGAGGCAAAUUUUUUAAAAGCUGUUUUAUGGUAGGAACAACGACUUGCGCGGGCCUCUUGUUAUUCUAGACCUUAAAACCCAUUUGAACAAAAAUUACCCGUAUGGAAAUGCCCGAAGAAUGUCUCUUUGAGGAUGCUGAGGCUAUGAAGAGUUUAAUGUUGCAUGUCAUUUCUGUAUUUUUACUUGAGACAAAUUUGCGCGUUUUCAGCUGCUCUGCUACGGGGAUCCUAAGAGGACAAGGGCACUAUUCACUGGAAUUCACUUAGGGACGCGAAUAGAGAGAUUUUGUUGUUGCCAUAAGCUAGCAUUAUGUUGACGCCUUUUGUUUCUCCGUGGACCAUUUCUAAAGAUAUACGUGACUUUCGGAAAAACGUCAAAGCAACAGUUGCCUCAAACUAUAAGGAACACUGAUCUCUCAGAGUGCUAUAGCUAAAAGAGCAAAGAUGUUUCGACUGGAGAAAGUGAACAAAAAUUCUGUGUAACCCACGCAAAGUCGUUCCUAUCGCUUUCCCAAACACUAACAACGACUCUUGAGGAGAGAGAAGUAUCGAGCGUUACAUUUUUGAUUUUAUGAUUAACUUUCUUUGAAAUAAAUAUUAGGUUUUAGUAAAUGUCAUCGAAACGUUCUUGUCCUGAUCAAUAUGCGUAGUUACGUAGUAAAUUUAUAUCGGAUAAGAGUGUGUUGUACAGUAUUUAUUUUAUAAGAUGAAUGAUAGUUGGCAUUUUUUAUUCUUACCUAUGAUCGUGAGGACCUAUGAGCGCAAAAGAUCUUAAAGGGCUCAACUAGCGUCGUUCCCAGUAUACCUCUGGGUUAGAUAGGAAAGAAAGAUGGGACGCCACUAAAGACGGACGAAAGCUGGGUCUGAAAAGUGUGGGGAAUAUAAAAAUUACCCGCUCUACUCGCUGACCUCGGUCUUGCCUGACUCGCCUGUCAAAAGCUGACAAUUCCGCUCAUUUUGCAAGUUUCCCCUUAAUAGUGCAGUUAUCAAAAGAGCAAGCUGUUCCAUAAAACUUUGUUUGUUUGUUGCGUUGGAUUUGCUAUUCAUACAACUAUUGGCAGCAUGACUUGCAUGUUAACAGGUCUUACGGAACCUCAUCACUGAUCGUGCAGAGUUCUUAAAAAAAUUACAGUAAUCCCUAAAGCUGAAUAGUAACCUGAAAGCACGUUCACGAGUAGAACCGAGUAAGACCAGCAGCCAUCUGUUGACAAAAACUGUAAAUUCAGAGUCUUAAACCGAUAAU